AUGCAGACGUUAAUUUUGUGGUCCUUACUAGGACUACUUGUGACCAAAAUAACUGCUGCUACUACAACUAUUUCAGCACCUACAACUUUGUCUGGUGAUCAAACGUUUUCCGAUGCUAUCGUAAUUGAAUCAGGUGCUACUCUUGCAUUAGUAGCUGGUUCUUCAUAUUCUUUCAAUGGCAAUAUUGACGUUAAAGGUUCUUUAGACAUCAUCGGUGAUUCAACAAACGGGUUAACUAGUUUACAAUUUGGUUCUACUACAACAAUCACAAACAGUGGUAACAUCAACCUCGAAAAUAUUAAAUCAGCAGGUUCUGCCAGUGAUUUUGUUAUUGCGCCUGCAAGUAUUGAUAACUCGGGUACAUUUACUGUUUCACAAUUAAAUGCUGCUGCUACUAUACCAGGUACUAAUUUUACUAUAGCUCCAACCGGUUCCUUCAUUAACACAGGUACUAUUGAUUAUGAUACAGCUGAUAAAGGGGGUACCACAAAUGGGUUCCUUUACCUUGGUGCUAUAACAAAUAAUGGUGUUAUCAAGUCUGGUGGGUUUGCUGGCUUAAUAAAUCAAGAAUCUUAUUUAGUCCCUAGUAGAUAUGAUAUGAAAGGUAUCAUUUUCAAUAAUCCUAUAGAAGGUCAAGGUGAAGUUACUGGUAAUCAGGGGUCUAUUGUUCUUAUUAACACAAAUAAUAUUGGAGAACAAACCUUCAAUAUUUACAAGGGUAUGUAUAUUAUUAAUCCAAAAAUUGUACCAAGCUCACUUAUAGUCAAGAAUUCAAUCGAGUCUAUGAUUGUAUUCUUAGGUGUUGACUAUUAUCCAUGGUAUGCUAAAAAUUUUAACACCUUAUCAAGAUAUCCACAAAUUAAUUUUGCAAUAGAUGGUCACCGUUAUUGGUUCAACACAAGUUGUGAUGGUGGUUGGGAAACACAACACCAGCACUUUACUGUUACACCAUCUGAUCCUCUUUAUCAAAUUGGUGGUACUUUUAUAUACCUAACUAAAUUUUAUUAUUUUCCUUACUGUUCAAUGAUAUCUGAACCAAUUACAAAGACAACAACUGUUACUACUGAGGGUUUUAUUACUGAAGCUACUACUAUUUCAACAGUAACAACAUCUACAACUAACCAGUACGGAUAUACUGUCACUGAAAUUAUCUAUGAUGUUGCUGUACCUGCAGAAUCUACUGUGUAUACCACCACUACCGGUACAGUCAGUGUUCCAACCACUUCUACUUUCACCAGCAUUGUAACCAACAGUAACGGCUCUUCCUCUGCUGAAGUUGUUAUAGUUAUCAUCACUCCACAUCCAUCUAGUUCUGUUAUCUCAACUACCACUACUAGUGCAGUCACUGCCCCAGUUCCAUCUACCUCCUAUACGACUACUACUGGUGAUGUUUCUGCCUUAACAAUAUCCACAUACACCACCACUGUUACUAACAGCAACGGCUCUUCCUCUGCUGAAGUUGUUGUAGUUAUCAUCACUCCACAUCCAUCCAGUUCUGUCAUCUCAACUACUACUACUGGUGUAGUCACUGCCCCAGCUCCAUCUACCUCCUAUACGACUACUACUGGUGAUGUUUCUGCCUUAACAAUAUCCACAUACACCACCACUGUUACUAACAGCAACGGCUCUUCCUCUGCUGAAGUUGUUGUAGUUAUCAUCACUCCACAUCCAUCCAGUUCUGUCAUCUCAACUACUACUACUGGUGUAGUCACUGCCCCAGCUACAUCCACUUUGUUUACUACCACCACCGGUACAGUCAGUGUUCCAACCACUUCUACUUUCACCAGCAUUGUAACCAACAGUAACGGCUCUUCCUCUGCUGAAGUUGUUAUAGUUAUCAUCACUCCACAUCCAUCUAGUUCUGUUAUCUCAACUACCACUACUAGUGCAGUCACUGCCCCAGCUCCAUCUACCUCCUAUACGACUACUACUGGUGAUGUUUCUGCCUUAACAAUAUCCACAUACACCACCACUGUUACUAACAGCAACGGCUCUUCCUCUGCUGAAGUUGUUGUAGUUAUCAUCACUCCACAUCCAUCCAGUUCUGUCAUCUCAACUACUACUACUGGUGUAGUCACUGCCCCAGCUCCAUCUACCUCCUAUACGACUACUACUGGUGAUGUUUCUGCCUUAACAAUAUCCACAUACACCACCACUGUUACUAACAGCAACGGCUCUUCCUCUACCGAAGUUGUUGUUGUUGUGAUCACCCCAGCUCCAGCUACCUUAUUCACUACUUCUACUGGAGAUGUUUCUGCUUUAACUACAUCAACUUUCACCACUACGGUCACUGACAGCAAAGGUUCUUCAUCUGCUGAAGUCAUUGUAGUUGUAAUUACACCAUCUCCAGUUAGCAGCUUCAAGAGUUCAUCGACUUCUGUAUCUUCUAUUAUAUAUGGAAACUCCACUAUUCUUGGUGAAAAGACUGAAACUUCUUUGAGUGGAACUUUGGUAGUUUUAACUACAGUAGUAAAUGGAGUUACUAUGACUACAACUUAUUGUCCAGAACCAUCCAUAACCUCUGAAACAGGUAUGACUGCUAUCAUUGGACAUACUUCUAUUGAAUCUAUUUAUUCAAAUAACCAACAAGAAGAGACCAACUCAUUUUCUGCUAUGUCCAAUGCAACUCCAGUUACUUCCAUUGCAUCUACCACAACUGGUCCAGUGUUUACCAACGGUAAAAAUCAACCAACAUCUAGAAACUCUAGAGCAUCUACCACUGUUAUAGGUAGUAGUGAAGCCAGAAAACCAGAAAAAUCGUUAACCACAAUGGUGCCACAAGCUUCCCAAUAUAUUUCUGAGCAACCAUCCUCAUCAUCAACUGUUACUGGAUUACCUCAUGGAGAUACAGCUUCUCUUGUAUCAUAUGAGGGUAACGGUAGUACUAUGUAUAUGAAGUGGAGUGUUGCCCAUUUCAUUGGUUUAUUAUUUUUUAUGAUUAUUUAA